AUGACUUCCUCGAAGAGAGGCCCUGGUCGACCACCGGGAAGUACCAAGCCAUCCAAAGAGAAAAUUUCUCAAAAAGGUGGUCUCCAAAUUCUUGUCCGAACGAAUUCCCAUUUCGAUGCAGAGUACAUAUCUCCUGAAGAAUCUCCUACCAAGAGAAAGCAGAAGAGAAGGGCCGAGAAAAGAUCGGAGAAGCCUACUAAGAGAGCAAAGAGGAUUACAAUCGAGGAGGAAGUCGUACUAUCCGACGAUGAUAACACCACAGAAGCCACAUCAGCACACCACUCUGUCGGUCACUACUUUAAACCAGAUCGAGCAUCGGAGCUCAUCAGUAUCUUCAACCAAGUUGGAGUAUCUGCUUCAACAUUUAUGAUUUCCAUGGACUCAUUCUCGGGAGUCAAAGAAUGGCUCGACACUUGUCAUCUGGACAAAGAUGACGAGCGGAUUAACGAAGUUGAGGAAUUAUGCGGCACAAUUGCUAAACUUCUACGAGAGAGACGAGCACCGAGAGUUGCAAGACAGCCUGCUUCUCCAGGAGAUGCUCAAAUCAUGCCUAGUGAGCAACUCUUCUCCUUCAGAGAUGUCGGUUUGACUGUGGCCCUCCUUGCGCCUGUCGAAAUGUUUAAGGGUAUUACAACUGUUAAAAAUAAGACUUUUGGUAAGCUUCGUGAGAAUCAAAGGCGACUACUUUCCACUAAUGGCAAGCAAAAUCUCACAUCAGUUGUAGUAGACUUAACUAAUAGUAUACGCAGUGCUCUUUAUCUGGAGUUAAGAAUUGCGUUGAAUCUCAUAGUAAGAUGCUGGAUAACGAAAUCUGGACCCGAAAGAAAGGAAGUAUAUCGACUUAUGACCUACCGAGACGCGACCAUGAGACACGGUCGUUUCGAGAGUAGGAGAAAAUUCCCGGUCGGCACGGAGUUCUGUUCACAUUGCGAGCCGAAACUGAUGCUUUGGUUCGCCUGCCACUGGCUGGCGAAGCAAACAGGAAAGGUUACGUCGAUACGUGAUCAAGUCGGUAACAUCUUCAAAAUCAACCAUCGGGGCAUGCCUAAACCUCCAAAAGCCGAGAUUGUCUUAGAUAGAUUGCCAUGCCGUACCUGUAUCGAGUACAAGGGCCAUAUCAGCGAAAUGACCGGCAUCGAGUACUCUUUUGUCUACAUGCCCAAGACCGGCAAGGUGCACUUAGGCAAGGACAAAUACGGCAAUGUCGUUUUCCCCUUGUGCGCUGAUGAAGAGGACUUAGAGUCUACGGAUUCGGAAACAGAGCAAGAAGAUUUCCAACCACGGGUAGAAGUCAGACAUACGACUGUCUCGACUCUUCAAAAAUACCGACACGUACCAAACCCUCGAAAAGCCAAACGAAAUGACGCGAGUUAUUAG